GACAGCCGUUCGAUUUCACAACUCUCUGUAUUCGUCCGUCCUCUAAGUCGCGGUUUCUCCAUUGAUCCACUGAACUCAGGUGACUCCUUUCGCAGCCACCUCAUUCCGCAUAUCUUCCCCUAUCCAGUAUGAUGGUGAGACAAUCUAACGCUGUUCGUUCAAUAUCUGCCCCAGAAUUGUUAGACUUCAAUCAUGGGAAAUUAAACGAGCUUCAGGAAUUUUUGGAAAAUGACCAGACAGCCGAGUUACAAACUAUUACUCAGGUACGUGGUGACACAAACUGCAGAAUUAGGUACCUCCUAGAAGGAAGCGGCGGCGAAGAAAGCGGCGGCGAAGGACGCAGUCUGCCUGCAAGGAUCCUCUUUAUGCGGCUCCUUACAGUCAUCUACCUUGCUACUAGGUACGAGACAUGGUUACAAUUUUUUGAAGGAUCGCCUGCGAUCAGCUUUCCGUCCGGCCGUCCAAAGAGGCAUGGUUAUUGCCAACAAUUUAUACGUGAAAACGAUCUCCCCCCUCGAGCUAAGAAUUGGAUCAGCUGUGGCCAAAAGAUUCGUCGGAUUGAGAAGGAGGUUGGGAUGCCAGGAAUCUCACUCGCCCUUAUGUUUUCGCUGCCCAAGUUCCCACUCUUCCCCGAACAUCAGGUCACAAUAUCGAUUGACCUGUUGAGAGAUGGACACUAUCCACGAAUACUGGCUUUCGCUACUUCCAUCUCGGAAAUAUAUUGGAUCUACACUCUUCGAUACCAGCAAUUAAUUGACACGGUAUCCGAAACCCCACCACAUCUUCUCCAAGCAUUGACGAUUCCACGGUAGCCACAUAGUGCGCAUCCAUAUCUUCUCUAUAUCUUCAUGAAUGGGAGUCCUUUGGGAUUCUCGAUAUCUUCCAGCAUUGGAUGCACCGAAAAUCCUUGCCAGACCAUUCGAGUACUUCCCUUCGGCGAAAGACGUACAUAGAGUCCUCCCUCUACGAAUAGAC